GAACCCAUGGCGGGUAUUUUCACGCGACUGUUUGCUCGAAUCAUGAAACAUUUUCUGUACUUGCUGUUAGUUUAAUCUCUGUUUUUUUUCUAGAGUCUAGAAGUUUGUAUGAGUUAGUAAUAAAAGUAAAAGCCCUGCCGAAGUCACGCGUGUGAACUAAUGUGAGACACGCGUGUCUAUAUGAAUAAAUUGCAGCAUCUGUCAGAGUUUCUUCUACGUUGGAUGCCACCUGCCAUAAAACAUUAAGAAGAAUUAUUUCUUCAGGAAUCAGAUGAAUGUGUGUUAUACACCGAUAAUAAUCUGACAAACACUGGAAAUACAAAUCAAUCUCUUUGUAAUGGCAAACCGUCGCUUGCUCGUGCAGGGUCUAAUAGUCCUCGUGGUGGUUUUCACCUUAGAUCUGACACGCGCUGCUAAACUAAACAUACCUAAAAUUUUAUUACCACUAGCCAGAACUACCAAAAUCAACUUUACACUGGAAGCAAGUGAAGGCUGUUAUCGAUGGUCAUCUAACAGACCAGAGGUGGCCAGUAUAGAGCCAGUGGAUGUGAAUGAGCGUCAGUGUUCCCAGAGGGCCAUUCUGCAGGCCAGAUCAACUCAACCAUCCAGACUGACCAGUAUUAUACUUGCUGAGGACAUCUCGACAGGACAGGUGCUGCGCUGUGAUGCUAUAGUGGAUGUUAUUAGUGAGAUCCAGAUCGUCUCUACUACACGAGAACUUCACUUGGAGGAUUCUCCACUGGAGCUCAGCAUCAGUGCAUUCGAUUCUGAAGGAAACACCUUUACUACUUUAGCCAGUCUGUCGUUUGAAUGGACUAUGGUAAAAGAGGCAGAAAUGGCAGGUUUCCCUGAUUCUUACAACGCACUGCGGGUUCUGCGGUUUGCAGAGUCAGCAUACACACCUCCAACCUACAUCUCUGAAAUGGAGCGAGUAGGACAUCAGGGAGAUAUCAUACUGGUUUCAGGAAUCAAAACCGGCCAUGCCAAGAUCAAAGCCAAAAUACAAGAAGCUCUUUAUAAGGAUGUCGGUGCAGCUGAAAUCAGGCUACUGAUUCUUGAAAACAUUCUCUUAAGUCCGGCAUAUGAUGUUUAUCUGCUUGCUGGCACUUCCAUCAAAUACAAAGUGCAGAAAAUUCGUCAAGGAAAGAUCACAGAGCUGUCCAUGCCAUGUGACCAGUAUGGGCUUCACCUCCAGAACAAUGUGCUUGCUUCAGAUGGAAACCCAGAGCUCCCUGUGGCGAGCUUAGACCAGAGCAGAUCAACGGUGUUUGCACUUCAACGUGGUCACACCAAUAUCUUACUGGAGCACAAGAGUCUUGGAAUGCAGGGUGUUUCUCAUCUGCCCAACAGCACCAUAUAUGUGGUGGAGCCUGGAUACUUGGCAUUUAAGAUUCAGCCUGAGGAUCGCUGGGUACUUGAGACACAGAGAACAUACGAGAUCUUCAUUGAAGUCUUUGAUAAAUCAGGCCACAAAAUUCAUCUGUCUGAUAAUGUUCGUAUAGAAACCACAUUCCCAGCAAUGCAUUUUGAAGUUUUGGAAUCAUCUCUUAAUGGAUCCUACCACUAUGUGAAAGCGUUGAAAAGUGGUCAAACCAUCAUUGAUGGCACACUGAAAGCUGUUAUUGAUCAAGCAGGUAGCAUCCAUCUGCUCCCUGUUCCAGUCCAUAAUGAGCAGGAUGUUGAGAUCUACAACCCCAUAGUGCUCACACCCGCAAUCCUUACAUUUCCAUGGCAACCUAAAGAAGGGGCAUACCAGUAUACCAUCAAGGCAACAGGAGGAAGUGGAAACUUCAGCUGGUCAUCCACUAACUCAGCUGUUGCCAUGGUUACAGUGAAGGGGCUGAUGACAACUGUCAGAGAUGUUGGUGUCAGUGUAAUCUACGCGCAUGAUGUGAGAAAUCCAUUGCACUACGGAGACAUGAAGGUGUUUGUUAUUGAGCCGGUAGGGAUGGAGUUCAGCCCGUGUGCAGUAGAGACUCGUGUUGGUCUCACUCUGGAUCUGCCACUGAGGAUCUUUGGUGAGCUGAAUGGAGAGAGAGUGACUCUCAGUGACUGUUCACACUUCGACAUGCAGGUGGACAUGGAAAGCCGUGGCGUAUUUCAACUGCUGGAAGGAAGGCUUGUCCCAGGUGUAAGUCACUGCAGUGGAGUUCGAGUCAAGUCUUUGACCCCUGGAUACACCAACCUACUGGUUAGUUACACCCACAGCAACGUUCACCUCAGUGCAAAGAUCACCAUUGCUGCCUACCCCCCACUCAAGUCAAUUGACCCCGUAUCUGUGGCCGUGGUGACAUUGGGCUCUUCUAAAGACAUGAUUUUUGAAGGCGGCCCUAGACCGUGGGUGCUAGAACCAUCUAAGUUCUUCAGAAACCUGACCGCUGAGGACCACAACAGUGUUACAAUGUCUCUGCAAGGACCAGCCUCUCGUACCUACUCCAGACAUCUGCUCAGAGCCACUUGUCGUUCUCUGGGAGAACAGGUCUUGGCUGUGACUGUUGGCAACCAGCCGACUGUAACAAAUCCUUUCCCUGCGAUGGAACCAGCCGUGGUGAAGUUUGUGUGCGCACCUCCGUCACGCCUCACGCUGAGCCCCGUCUACACGACCCCUCGACUGGAUGUUUCCUGCCCACUUCUGCAGCAGAACAAACAAGUGGUGCCAGUUUCCAAUUAUCACAAUCCAGAGCUGGACUUGGCAGCUUUUGACCACCAGGGCAGAAAGUUUGAUAACUUCAGCUCUCUGAGCAUCACCUGGGAAUCAUCUAAAGUGUCCCUGGCGAGCAUUGAGCCCACUAUGCCCAUGCAGUUUCACUUACAGGAGGAUAAUAGCAAGCAGAAAAAACUUCACGGUUCCCAGACUGUCGUUGUGCAUCGUGAAUCGGGCAUUGCAGCCAUCACGGUAACAGCUGUGGACUAUCAAACAUCUCAUCUGGAGGCAGCAGCUGUUUUGAGAGGGUUUGAUCAUCUGAGCCCAGUCUCCUGUACGCUGGACCUUCUUUUAGUGGAGGAUGUGAGAGUGACUCCUAACACCAUCACCAUAUACAACCACCCCGAUGUCAUGGUUGAUCUGACACUGAAAGAAGGUUCAGGGUAUUUCUAUGUCAAUGCAAGUGUUAAGGGAAUUGCAGAUUUGCUGUUCCAAGAGUCCCAGGGAAUUGCACAGGUGGUCCCAGUACAGGCAGGGGUCUUGCAAGUAAUGGUCCAUGAUCUCUGCUUGGCCUUUCCUUCUCCUGCCAUGGCUACAGUACACAUUGCUGAUAUUCUGGAGGUUGUUGUGCGUGUUGUCGACAAGGUGGAGAUUGGCAAGUCAGUCAAAGCAUAUGUUCGGGUCUUAGAUGGCAAUAGAAAGCCUUUCCACUCCAAAUAUUUCUCUGUCAUGAAUCUCCAACUGAAAGCAGCUUCAUCCAUUAUCUCAUUACAAGUUUUGUCAGAGUCCUCAGAAGAGGAUACAGCCACAUUUCUGGUCAAAGGUCUAGUGAUAGGACAGACCAGUGUGUCUGCUACAGUGAUGGAUAAAAAUGGCAGAAAAAUUAUUUCAGCUCUCCAACAAAUCGAAGUCUUUCCACCUUUUAGACUGCUACCCAGGAAAGUUACUCUAAUAGUUGGAGCUAUGAUGCAGAUAACAUCAGAGGGCGGACCACAGCCCCAGUCCAACAUCAUCUUCUCUUUGUCCCACGAGUCGAUCGCCUCUGUCAACGGUCUGGGGCACGUCCAGGGCCUGUCGGUGGGCAACAUGACAGUAACUGGCAUUGUCCAAGCAGUCGACACUGAAACUGGCAAACUAGUGGUUGUGUCUCAGGAUCAAGUGGACGUCGAGGUUGUCCAGCUGAAAUCCAUUCGAAUCCGAGCUCCCAUCACCAGAAUGAAGACGGGAACGCAGAUGCCAGUGUAUGUGAUGGGCCUGACCAGCUCUCAGACGCCCUUCUCUUUUGGCAAUGCUUUACCUGGACUGACCUUCCACUGGUCUGUGACUAAGAGAGACAUCCUGGACAUCCAUACACGCCACGCAGAGGCUUCAGUCCAGCUCAGCGCAGAGCAUAACUUUGCCAUGACUGUGUCUGGCAGGAGUAAAGGACGAACAGGUCUGAGGGUGCAGCUAAAGGCCAUUGUUCCUCUCGCUGGACACAUGCAGGAUAAUGCACUGGAGCUCCACGAUGAGAUUCAGAUUCAGGUUUAUGAUAAGCUGCAAUUGCUCAACCCAGAAGUUCAAACUGAAGAGAUACUGAUGUCACCAAACUCACUGCUGAAACUGCAGACCAACAGAGAUGGACUGGGGUCUUUGUCAUAUCGUGUGCUGGAUUGUCCAGACAGAAGUGCUGUCAUUCAGGUGGAUGAUAAAGGUCAUCUGACAUCAGGUUCUAUAACAGGAACAGCAUCGCUACAGAUCAGCUCGCAGGAAACCUUUGGUGUCAAUCAAACCAUCAUCAUCGCUGUGAAGGUGGUGACUGUAUCAUAUCUGCGCGUGAGCACCAGCAGUCCAGUGUUUUACACAUCUAACAAAGAGACUUUAUCUGCUAUCCCACUGGGAGCUCUGCUGACCUUCAAUGUUCACUUUCAUGACAGCACAGGAGAGACAUUAAACAGCCAUAACUCACACCUCGUAUUCUCUACAAACAGGGAUGAUUUGGUUCAGGUUGGUAAGGGCUCGAGUAAUGACACACUAAUCGUGCGGACAGUGAAUGUGGGUUUGACUCUGUUGGGUGUCUGGGACUCCGGUCAAACUGGACUCGCCGAUUAUCUCGCUCUGCCCGUCCAACAUGCCAUACAUCCAGCUGAAGCUCAGAGGCUGGUGGUGGGAGAUGUGGUGUGUUUCUCAGCUCUGUUUGUCAAUCAGGAGGGUACGUCAGGAGUUUGGAGUUCAUCCUCCAGUGCUUUGCUGGAGAUUGAGUCCAGGUCUGGAGUCGCUGUAGCAAGAGACAGUGGAACAGUCACUGUGUAUUAUGAAAUAUCUGGUCAGCUCCACACAUACAGAGAGGUUGUUAUUGAAAGCCCAUUGCGAACAACUAUUACACUUCCAUCAUCUUCAGUGAAGAAAGAGAGAGGCAGUAGAGUCCUGAUGUCCACCAGAGACAGACAGAGUAACCUCAUUGGAAGUUGCUCCUCCUGGCAGUUAGAGAGCAUCUCACUUCUUCAUCCAGAGUCAUCCAUCAGCUGCCAUGCCCACUUCACCAGCAGUGCUGUGGAUUUCUCAGCUCAUGAUGUCUACCACUUUCACACUUCCUUUGACAGCACUACAGGUUUCUACAGCUGCGUGUUGAACUUGAAGGCCAUGAGUGAGCAGCAGGUGAAGGUGUUGAGCAUGUCUAUGACUGAUGUGGAGGUGUCUGCUGCUAUACAAGGAAAUCACUUGACUGGAGAUGAUCACAAUAGUGUUCGGCUGCCUGUCAAUCCUGGAAUAUAUGCUGAUCAGACAGAAAUCAUCCUAAGUAACCAGCACACAUCUGCUGAUCUCACAGUCUAUGGCACUGCUGGAGCUCUUCAACAACUUGAUGUGAAGAGCAGUUCUCCUGCAAUCAUCAUACAGGAGAAGGAGGUCUCUCAGAGCUUUCCCAGCUAUAUCAGGUACACUGUUUGUGUGCUAAAGCCACAAGGAGCGUUGACAGCAUCGCUGUCUAUAAGCAGCUCAUCCAGUGAUCAAGCUCUGAUCAUUCCUGUAUCAGUCAUGCAUCUAGCUGUCAGCAGUACCACUAUAGAAGCUCGUAUGACAGAUGGAGAGGAUGGACCCAAUAUUUUCCAGCAGUUUCUAGACUCGUAUCAAGUGAUGUUCUUCACUUUAUUUGCUCUACUGGCUUCCACAGCUGUUGUAAUCAUUGUGUGCCAUGCACUGUUUUCUCCAAGAGAUUCUGUCAGUCAUCCUGCUUUCAUUCAGAAGACUCCACCUCAUGCAGGUGUCGCUAAACUGACUGACAGCCCCUUCAACAACAGUUUGUCUUCAGACAUGAAGGGAAACCCAAGAUUACGCUUGUAUUCACCUGACUACAACUCCAGAUGAAGAGUAAGAAAGUGCCUUACCAGGAACUAUAGUAGUACAUGGAUGAACACCUAAAUGUUUGUUAAUGCAAUCAAAUGAGGUUUGAACUUAAUAUUAGUGUUGCAUAUUUUGUUGUGUGCUUAUGUUUGAAUUGCUUGAUGUGAUUUUUGUAGUUAUUGCUUUCAAAAGCUCUUUCAGUACGGCUUUUAUUUGAAGUCAUUAUGAUUUUUACAGUAUUGAAGAUGUUAAUGUGUAUGAUUGUUUUGAAUCUCAGGACAAGCCCUAUAUAAGUCUGCAGUAAACCGGGCAUACAGUAGCUUACUGUUAAUAGGGGGAACACUGAUAUAGUCCCAGGUGCUUUAACGAAUGUUUAUGGGUGAAGAAACCAAUGGCCAGUCAUUUAAUUACAUGAGCCACAUGUUGUAUAGAUCUGAAAAGUUUUUGAAGAACUAGUUCAGAGAAGUCUUCGUUUGAUAAGUGCAGCUUUUUUCAGUUAUUAAUGUGAAUUGAAUCCUUCAGGUUAAAUGCUUUAGACAUUGUGAAAUGUUCAUCAAACUAGACUGACUACUAAUCCAUAUUGAGUAUUAUUUUGUCAAACUAUUAACAGGUGUGGUUCUAGACCAGGAUUAUUUGUGUCAUUUUAUGUCAGUGAAGUGUAAGUUUAACGAUAGUUAUAUUUAAAGGGACACUUCACUUUUUUUGAAAAUUUGCUCAUUUUCCAGCUCCCCUAGAGUUAAAUAUUACAUAUUUAAAGUUUUGGAAUCCAUUCAGCUGACAUCCGGGUCUGGCGGUACCAGUUUUAGCAUAGCUUAGCAUAAUCCAUUAUUCUAAUAAGGCCAUUAGCAUCGCGCUUAAAAAAAUAACCAAAAAGUUUCCAAAAAAAAAUUUUUAUUUAAAACUUGACUCUUCUGUAGUUAUAUUGUGUACUAAUACCGACAGAAAAUUAAGUUGCGAUUUUCUAGACCGAAUAUGGCUCGGAAAUAUAC